UCACCAACAGAGAUAAACUUAAUGGAAAAUCGAGAUAUUUUUAUCGAGAUAAAAAGUUAAACUUGAAUUUUAAUCGCGAUGAUCUUGUGUCCGUUUCACCACGACUUAUCCUCUUCCCAGAUAAUCGAGAUAAUAAUAUCUCGAUAUUCAUUAUAAAAUCCCGAUUUUCUUUUUGAAAUCUCGAUGUUCGGAAGAAAAGUAAACAAAUAUCGCGAGUAGGUUUGUUGUUAUUCAAGUCGUGUAGCGAUAAUAAAGAUAAUGGAAGCUAAAGAAAACACUUGUUCCGCCAAAAAACCACGAAAUAAGAAUUUAUCACCAGAAGAAAAAAUUGUUUUGUUAGAUUUGGUGACAGAACAUUUUAACAUAAUUGAAAAUAAGCGCACGGAUGCAGUAACACAACAGAACAAAUUGAAACAGUGGCAAAUUAUUGCAAGUAGUUUCAACUGUGUGUCAGGAGUCCAUCACAGGUCUGCAGAUAACCUGAAAUCUGUUUGGGAAAAUCUGAAGAAGACGACACGGAAACAGUAUGCAGACGAAAAAGUUCAGAUGGUAACUGGGACAGGUAUGUUUUGUAUAAAAAUAUUUUCAACUUGUAUUACAAAAUGUAACAUUUUAUUUUGUGACUUACUAUACAAAGUGAAAGGAAGUGGUUUAAUAUAUUUUUACAAAUGGCAAUGUACAUUGACAAUUAAUUUAAUUAAAUUGAAUACAUUGUUUUUUUCAGGUGGAGGACCCCCCACAAAGUGUACAAAUGACCCUAUUUUGGGCCGCGUAUAUACUUUAAUAAAACCUGUAGUUAAAGGACACAAUAAUAUCUUUGACUCAGACUCAGAUGCAGUAAUGGUCAAUACAUUACAAUGCAUAAGUGAAUCAAACAACACAGAAGAAAAUGCAGUCGUAGAGCUGGAAAUAGGUUCGAUGGUGGACAUUGCUACCCUGGAGACUCAAACUAGUACACUUCUUAAUGGAGACUGGUCCCACUACACUCCCUCAAUGCUCAGAGGCCCCAUAUGUCCUGCUCUUGUACCAAAAAAUAAUGCCAGUUCAACAUCAUCAGUUUCACCAGUGAUAUUCCCUUGUAUCAAAGAAACGGUUAUGGUAAGCACUGAGCAAGGCAACUGUGAAAGUACUUCAAGAGACCAUAUUCCCGAUAAUAGUAACAAUGUUGCAAAAUCAGUCCUUGAGUGUCAGUUGCCAAACAUCGCGGGGAAGUCUUCCUGGACUCAGAGACGGCGGCCAAAAUUGCAGUCCAGCAAGAACAAUGAAAUAAGUGCCCUCCAUAAAGCUAAAAUUGAACUAAUUGAAUUAUGUAAGAAAUAUGCAACAGAAGAAAAUGAAGCUAUGAAAGAACUGCGUCAAGUGAGAUUGCAACAAGAACAAGAAAGGCUGAAUCAUGAAAAGCUACAGACUGAAUUUAUGACUCUACAGAUUAAAAAACUAAAGAAAGAAUUGGAUGGUUUAUAAUUUUAUGUUUUAUGUAAUUUGUAUACAAUUUUUCUUUGUAACUCUAUUUACAAUGAGCAUUUCAAAGCAUCUGAUUUCGUAUAUUUGUAAUGAAACCUAGUUGUAUUGAAAAUCAUUAUCUAUAU